AUGAUCCACCUUAGUAAGAAAAAAAACAUAAAGGGGUUUCUGAAUUAUUGCAAAAGCAAGUGCCUUAAAUCGGUGCUAAAUAAUAAAAAUGGUGACAUGCUUAAAGAAAUUUCGCCAUGGAAAAGGAAUAAGUUCCUUUUUGGCAAAAGUGAAAACUCGAACAUUUUCGUGGAUAUAUUGAAAACUUCACUUUUAAAAUUGACGGGAAAAUACAUAAGCAACAAAAUAACAUCGGAUAUAAACAAAAUAACAUUUGAUACAUCUGGAAGUGGUAACACAAAAUACACUGAAAAUGUGAACAAGGAAAUUCUAUUAUGCAUGCAUGUACUAGAAUACAAAGAUGAACAAGUAGACAAAGAGUUAAGUUACUUACACGACUAUUUUAAGAAAAUUAAAAGUGGAAUAGACCCAUAUGCGCUCUGUGAAAAUAAAAUAAAAAAUAUUGAUGAACAUAUAUAUAACAUCAUUAAAACGGAUUAUAACAAUAUUAAUGAAUUUAUAACUUAUAUAUAUCUCUAUCAAGGGAAAAAAUUUAGGGUCAUUUUAAGUAUUCUGUUAAAAAAUAUUUUAUCUUAUGUAGAUAAUACAUCUUCAAAAAACAAUUUUAAAUUUAGAAAUAUACAAAGAAAUUGUUCUAAAUCUAUAAAAUCUACGAAAAAUAUUAUAGCAAAAAAAAAACUAUCUGUUAUUAACUCCCCAAAUAAUAAUAUGUCUAAAAAACAAAUCGGAGAAAAUCAAUGUAAAAUUAUUGCUGCAUCAGAAAUUAUUCAUAUGGGAUCUCUUUUACAUGAUGAUGUAAUUGAUGAAUCAAAUACUAGAAGAGGAGCUUUAGCAUUACAUAAAAAAUAUGGAAAUAAAAUAUCCAUAUUAUCAGGAGAUUACUUACUGGCACGUGCCAGUUCAGUAUUUGCAGCUACAGGGUGUCCAAAAAUAUGCAGAAGAUUUGCAUAUGUUGUCGAAAGUUUAAUAAAAGGGGAAUUGUUACAAAUGAAUUUGAAAUUUAAUAAUAUAGAAGAUGCAUUAAAAACAUAUUUUAUUAAAACCUAUCACAAAACAGCAUCUCUCUUUUCUAACCUGUUUGCUUGUAUAGCAAUAGCCUCUUUUAAAAAUGAAAAAAUUAUUGAGUUAUGUUUUAAUUUGGGGCUUCAUAUAGGUAUGGCUUUUCAACUGUAUGAUGAUUAUUUGGAUUAUAAACCAGACCAAAAAAGCAACAAACCUAUAUUAAAUGAUUUAAACAACAAUAUAAAAACAGCCCCAUUUUUAUUUAGCUAUAAUCACAAUCCAAAUGCUGUAUUGUCAUUAAUUAACAAAAAAAAUCUCUCGGAUACUGAUAUUAACAAUAUUUUAUUUUACAUUAAUAGCACAAAUGGUAUGAAAAAAAAUGAAUUGUGCUUCUUAUUACACAUCAAAAGAGCAGCUGAUAUUCUGAUGUCCUUAAAUUCUUAUUGUAGGAUUACCAAAAAUGUCGAAAAUGAAAAUUCACAAAAAAAUGAUCUUAACCAAAGUAGGGAAGCCUUAAUCAACUUAAUCUUGAAUAUAUUAUCACGAAAUACAAAAUGA